AUGAUUGAAGACAAAGAACCUAUUGUCAGAAACUUUCGUUUUGUUUGUGUCUUGGCCUUAACAUUUGGAGCCAUAAUUCAGUUCUCUACUGAAAGUGAGUUUACAGUAGAUCUGACAAAAAGAGGCCUUACUCAGUUUCCAAAAGACCUACCACCAAAAACCAAAGUCUUAGAUAUGUCUCAAAACUAUAUAUCUGAACUUCAGGUCUUGGACAUCAGCAUUUUGUCAGGAUUGCAAGUUUUGUUACUUCCUCAUAAUAGAAUCCAACAACUUGAUCUUACUGUUUUCCAGUUCAACCAAGAUUUGGAGCAUUUGGAUUUAUCUCACAAUCAGUUGUCCAAGAUAACCUGCUACCCUGUUGUACAUCUCAAGCAUUUAGAUCUCUCAUUCAAUGACUUUGAUGCUCUUCCCAUCUGUAAGGAAUUUGGCAGCUUGAUGCAGCUGGACUUCUUAGGGUUAAGUGCCACAAAGUUAAAAAAACUAGACCUGCUGCCCAUUGCUCACUUGCAUCUAACUUACUUACUUCUGGAUUUAGAAGGCUACAGAGUGAAAGGAAAUGGAAUAGAAAGUCUUCAAAUAUUCAAUACAAAGAAACUUCAUCUUAUUUUUCAUCCAAAUAAUUUUUUCUCUGUUCAAGUGAAUAUAUCAGUUAACACAUUAGAAUUAUUAGAACUUACUAACAUUAAAUUAAACGAUAAGAACUGUCUAAAGUUAACUCUCCUUUUAUCAGAACUCAUCAGGGGUCCACACUUAUUAAAUUUCACCUUGAACCAUGUGGAGACAACUUGGAAAUGUUUGGUUCAAAUUUUUCAAUUCCUUUGGUCCAAACCUAUAGAAUCUCUAAAUAUUUACAGUUUGAUAAUAGUUGAAGGCAUUAAUAAAGAGAAUGUUACUUAUUCUAACACUACAUUAAAAGCAUUGAAAAUAGAACAUAUUCAAAAUAGCGUGUUUCUUUUUUCACAAGAUGACUUAUAUACAGUAUUUUCUGAGAUGAACAUUAUGAUGUUAACCAUAUCGGAUACACCUUUUAUACACAUGCUUUGUCCUCAGAAACCAAGUACAUUUAAGUUUUUGAACUUCACUCAGAAUGUCUUCACAGAUAGCAUUUUUGAAAAUUGUUCGACUUUAUUUAGAUUGGAGACACUUAUCUUACAAAAGAAUGGAUUAAAAGAUCUUUUCAAAAUAGGUCUUAUGACUAAGUACAUGCCUUCUUUGGAAAUACUUGAUGUUAGCAGGAAUUCUUUGGAAUUUAAUAGACAUGAGGGAAAUUGCACUUGGGUUGAAAGUAUAGUGUUGUUAAACUUGUCUUCAAAUAUGCUUACUGAUUCUGUUUUCAGAUGCAUACCUCCCAGAGUCACAGUACUUGAUCUACACAAUAACAAAAUAAAAAGCAUUCCUAAACAAAUCAGAAAAUUAGAAGCUUUGCAAGAACUAAACAUCGCUCUCAAUUCUUUAACUGACCUUCCUGGAUGUGGUACUUUUCACAGCCUUUCUGUCCUGAUCAUUGACUAUAAUUUAGUUUCACACCCAUCAGCUGAUUUCUUCUAUAGCUGUCAGAAUAUUACAUCAAUAAAAGCAGGGAACAAUCCAUUCCAAUGUUCGUGUGAACUAAGAGAAUUUAUCAGAAAUAUAAGUCAGAUAUCAAGUGAUGUGGUGGAGGACUGGCCUGAGUCUUAUAAGUGUGCCUACCCAGAAAGCUCUAAGGGGACCGCACUCAAGGACUUCCACAUGUCUCCAUUAUCCUGCAACCCAGCUCUGCUGAUUGUCACCAUUGGGCUCAUCAUGCUGCUGGUGGUGGUUAUUGUGACCUUCCUGUGCAUCUAUAUGGAUCUGCCCUGGUAUCUCAGGAUGGUGUGUCAGUGGACUCAGACUCGGCACAGGGCUAAGAAUGUACCUUUAGAAGAACUCCAAAGAAAUCUCCAGUUCCAUGCUUUUAUUUCAUACAGUGAGCACGAUACUGUCUGGGUGAAGAAUGAAUUACUACCAAACCUAGAAAAAGAAGACCUACAGAUUUGUCUCCAUGAAAGAAACUUUGUGGCUGGCAAAAGCAUCAUUGAAAACAUCAUCAACUGCAUUGAGAAAAGUUACAAGGCCAUCUUUGUUUUGUCUCCCAACUUUGUUCAGAGUGACUGGUGCCAUUAUGAACUCUACUUCGCCCACCACAAACUCUUUCAUGAAGGGUCUGAUAAGUUAAUCCUGAUCUUACUGGAACCCAUUUCACAAGACAACAUUCCUAGCAAGUAUCAUAAGCUGAGGGCUCUCAUGGCACAGAGGACUUACCUGGAAUGGCCCACUGAGAAAAGCAAACAUGGACUUUUUUGGGCUAAUAUUAGAGCUGCUUUUAAUAUGAAAUUAACAGUAGGCACUGAAAAUAAUGAUGUGAGAAUUUAA